AGCCUCUCCGUUGCGGCGUUCUUGGGUUCGCUGGACCAAACCAUCAUCUCAACUGCUAUGCCUACGAUUGCGUCUCAAUUCGAUGCCUUGCCCCAGGAGAGCUGGAUCUCAUUGGCAUAUCUCCUGACGUCCACCGUCUUCCAACCUAUCUUCGGUCGCGGGACUGACUUGUAUGGCUCGAGGCUCAUGCUCCUCAUCUCUAUCGCGGUCUUCGACAUCGGAUCCCUCCUUUGCGCAGUAGCGACCAAUUUCAUCUUUCUCUGUUGCGGGAGAGCCAUUGCCGGUAUUGGAGCAGCAGGAUUGCUUGUCGUUUGCAUGAUUAUCAUCAGUCAAAUGGUGCCCCUGCGCGAUCGAGGCAAAUUCGUCGGUGCUAUGUAUGCACGUACCGCUAUCGCAACUGUGCUAGGGCCGGUUCUCGGGGGAAUCCUCACUCGCAUAAACUGGAGAUGGUGUUUCUGGAUUAACCUGAUUCUUUCGGGUCCAGCUAUCCUUGUUCUUCUGAUGUUCGUGAAGAAUAUCCCGAACAGGAAACGCCCAGGGGCCUCUUUCAGGGACGUCGAUUUCGGCGGCAUCAUUCUCGUUGCACUAUGCAUCGUCGCCUUGUGUCUGGCUUUGUCUUGGGGCGGUACAACAUUUGACUGGCACAGUCCCGUCAUCAUCUCCUUGCUCGUGGUAGGCACGGUUCUCCUUCCGAUAUUCAUUCUAUACGAACUGCACUUCCCACGGUUCCCGGUCAUUCCCCUUGAAAUGUUCAGAAUCCGCAACGUGGCUGCGUCGACUGGCAACUACUUCUUCUCUUCGGUAUCAAUGUACGGCCUUUCUGCGUAUAUCCCAUCGUAUUAUCAGCUCGUGCGCGGCGACAACCAGCUUGUCUCCGGACUCGAAAUAUUGCCAUAUGUCGGAACUAUCGUCAUAUUCUCGACUUUGGUUGGAUAUCUCAUGUCCUGGACAGGCCGGACCCGUCCGUGGAUGUGGGCAGGACCCAUCAACACUCUCGCGAACGGCCUCAUGAUCAUGUUGAACGGCACACAGCCACGUGCUGUCGAAUACGUCUUCCUGGCACUGAGUGGUGCAGGUGUGGGUCUCAUCGCACAGACCAACACCGUGUCCGCGCAGAGCAAGGUCGCGUGGGAGCUACUCGCGAGCGUGACGACGAUGACAAUGUGGAGCAAAUCGCUAGGAGGAAUUGUCGGCAUCGCGAUGCAGGGUUCCAUCAUCAAUAACGUCUUCCAGAAGACGAUGGCAUCCAACUCUGGGGCAGCACCGUAUAUGGACCAGUUGAAGGCGCUGAGUGGGCUCCAUUCGCUGCCUCCAGCUAUCGCAGCCGACGCAUCGCGGGCAUACGGCAAGGCGUUCGGCACUAUGAUGAUCGCGACGACGCCCUUUGUUGCCGUUGGACUUUUGUUCUCCCUCACCGCGGAGCCAGCCGAUCUGGGACGUAAGUCGGGCAAGAAGAAACGUCAGGAGGACUUGGAGGCCCCAAAGACAGCGCAUGGCGAAGCCUAGAAGGAUGUCAGCGGCCUCCUUGCCUUAGCGGAGAGGGCCGCUGACAUGAAUGUGAAG